AUGGGGCACCGGAAUACUCAGUUCACCGGUCAUAUGAUUGAUAUGGAGACAGAUCAACAAGGCCAUAGCCAUCUUCAUCCUGAACCUUGCAUCUUCUAUCAAAGUGCUGCGAACUUUCCUCAGCCUAGUAUCCACCCAGUUGUCCCUGCUCAAGGAAACCAGUGUAAUUUUAACUUUCACCAUAUGCCGGAACGUCAUGAUAACGGUUUAUUCUAUGGAGUCCCGCAUUUAAAUAGUGUCCAGUCUCAGCAUCCAGCCACUAAUCUUGAAUUAGCUGUUGCCGCACCAUCUGGUCAUUAUAAUCCAUACCUGGCGCCUCCAUCUGGUAUUAGAGAUUUCCCUGUUCAGGUCAAUCAUGGGGCAAAUGAUCAGUUGUCACUUUCAAGCACUCACAGAUUUGCUGGUAUUCCUACAGACAGCUAUGGCAGGAGCUUACCCUACAUGGAUACUAUUAGAGGAUCAUUUAAGAGAAAAAAUGCUGAGGGGUUUCCUGGGAAUUACGUGUACCAUAAUGCUUCAGCAGGUCCUAGUUCUUCUAUUGCCCCUGUGACCGCAACGCCAGCUGAAUCUGAUAUUACUUUGACCAAUGCAGCUUCUUUUUUGCCACCUGAAUAUGGUGGUGACAACCUGACACCAGUGGUUGAAAGCAGCUCUCACAGAAGUGUGAGGAACAGGCCUGGGAACUUAUGUUGCUCCGGCGGUUCAGUUGCCUGGUAA